AUGCACUUCCACAUUGGCAGGUGCAAGUGUCCCCGUAGAGCAAAAUACCGAGGCCUACACGCCACCGAGGAAAGGUUGCGAGCGUUCGACACAAUAUGGGCCGGCAUUACAUUGCCUGAGACGCUGCCUGCCCCAGCACUAGAAGCCGACCAGAAGAUUCUUCCAGUGCAUGCUGAUAGCGAAGACCGAAACGGUGCGGGCUCGGAGCCUAUCCAACCCUCGUCUCCUCCCGCGUCGCCCGCGCGGCCGCGAAAGCGCCAGCGGAUGGGGACCGUCAACGCACCCAUCACACUCUUAUCAAAUGCCCAGAACGAAGACGACACCGAACCGGAGCAGAGGGCUAACGACCACAUUAAAGUCGUCUGCGCAUCAAAACUGUACAGCAACAUGCCUUUCCGACAAAAGGUGAUCAAGGACACGUACAUCUUCUUGCGGCGGCAGAUGCGACCCGACCUCAAGCGUUGGAAUGCCAGCAUAUGGGAUACAAACACCGUGCUUUACGGCACAGUACUUGGCGGUUGCAUGUUUGCAAAGGUUGAUCCCGCGAAGGCCUAUAAGCUAGAGAAGCUCGUGAAGAGCCCCGGGAUACUUCUAGAGUAUGGGAUAUAUGCUGGUGUAGGUUGCAUGCUGGUGCACGAGCUUCUCGACAUACUUCGUAUGCUAGAAACCGUCUAA